AUGGAGCUAAAUGAAUCUCAACAAUCUUUAACAACUCCAUCAUCUCAAAAACCAAUAAUAUUCUCACCACCAAAUUUAAAUGAUAAUGAUAAUCCAAGCACUAAUAACAAUUCUUCAAAAUUUCAAUUUAGUCAGCAAUUCGGAGAUUUACCAAAUGAUUUUAAUCCUAAUAGACAACAAAGUGUUGGAUAUAAUUUACAACAUGAAUUUGAAACUUUAACUGCUGAAUUAGAUUUAGAUUUAAAUAACAACAAUAUUAAUAAUAAUAGUCAAAUGAGACCUUCUCAAAGUGCCCCUCCAAAUCAAGAAUUUUUACAACAACAACAACAAUCAUCAGAACAACAAUCAACUGAUUUACUGAGACCAUCAACAAAUUCAAAUUUAAUUGCUCCAUCUGCAUCAAAAUUGAAUUCAACAAAUCCAUCAUCAAAUUUAUUAAAUUUAAAUCCAAAUUCAUCAACUUAUAAUAAAUCAAAAGAAAUUAAUUCAUUAUCUCCAACACCAAAUAUUGCAGGAACAAAUCCUCAAAUAAGUUCAUUAUUAGACAAUAAAGGGUUCAAAGGAGCUACUGGUAGCUUUCUAAACCCACAACCACCAUCAGCUUCAAUACCUGAUAGACCACAAUCAGCAAAUGAUUUUACAAAUAUUUUUAGUAGAGCAGGUCAUGCAUUUACAAGUUUUAAUACACCUAGUGUUCAACAACCAACACAACAACAGCAACAACAAAUUCCACAACAACAGCAACAACAACAGCAAAUACCGACGACUUCACAACAACCAAAUAAUUUUUAUUCUGAUUUAUUAAUUUUUAGUAAUUGGAUUGAAAAUUUAAAUCCUCAAGAUACAAUAUCAAUGAUUGAUUAUUUAUGUGCAAGUUUACCGAUUGAUAUAUUAUUAACAUUUCAAGCAAAAUUAGAUAAUCAUUUACAAACAAAUAAACAAACAACAAUUCCACAAUAUAUAAUGUCACCUUACAAUAAUAAUUUUGGUCAAGAUUUUUUAGAUUUAGAAAAUUUAAAUUUAAAUGAUCAAAAGAAUAAAUUUAAACAACAAAUUAAUAAAUCACAAUAUCAACAACAUCAACAACAUCAACAACAAAAUAAUAAUUAUUUAAAUGUUGAUAAAGGAAUUGCGCGUCCAAAAUCUGCUGAUCCAUUUUUACAUAAUCAAAAAUCUGGAAAUCACAAUAAUAAUCAUCAUCAUCAUAAUCAUCAUAACCACCAUCAUCAAAAUCAAAAUCAUUCAAUAGAUAGAUCAAAAUCCCCAACAUCUCAUUUAUAUGAAAAGACCAAUUUCUUACAAUUAGCUGCAGCUAAUCCAAAUAAUUCAUCACAAUAUUAUUAUAAUCAAUAUGGUAAUGCUGGUUCCGGUACUAAUAUUGGUAAUAAUAAUAAUAAUAAUAAUAAUGGUCAACUAAACAAUCAAACCAAUCAAAACUCACAAUUUUAUUCCCCUCAAAGUUUAAAUAGUGGAACAAGUCCAGGAAAUCAUCAGGAUGAAAACCUUGACAUGUCAAAUACUGCUUUAAAAUUAGGUGCAUUAACUACAAUAAAUUCAAGAGUUGCAUUAGAUAGUAAUAGAAAACAUCCACAUUCUUCAACCAAUACAAACUGGUCAAAUCAACAACAACAGCAUCAACAACAACAACAACAACAUAAUCAUCAUAAUCAUCAACCACAAAUAUCUCCUCAAGGUUCAAAUAACUAUAACAAUUUUCAUCAUUUAAAUGCAAUGAAUUACGAAGAUUCUUUAAAUAGAAUAUCAAAUUCAUCAUCUGUACCAACAACAAGUUCUCACCAAAUAAACAAUAAUAAUCGAAAUAAUUUUAAUUCAUCAAUGGGAUUGAAAAAUAGAAUAUCAUCCCCAAUAUCAACUCAUAUGCAACAACAAAACAUAUCAACAAGUUCAUUAAACAGUCAAACAGGUACAGUUUCAUCAUCAUCAAUGCCUAAUGAAGUAUCAAGUAUAGAUUUAUUAAAUAAUAUUCCUGCUUGGUUAAAAUUAUUAAGAUUACAUAAAUAUACUGAUUUUUUAAAAGAUAUAUAUUGGAAAGAAUUAAUUGAAUUAGAUAAUGAUGCAUUAGAAGAGAAAGGAGUUGCUGCUUUAGGAGCAAGAAGAAAAUUAUUAAAAGCUUUUGAAAUGGUUAAAGAAGUUCAUGGUGAUACAUUAAAGUAA